UCGGCUGAUUUCAUACUCGUUCGCUCGAUCCAGCCGCGACGUCCAUCUUCCCGCGAGUCCAUAGAAAAUUUUUGCCAGUUGCGUUCGUUUCGAGGAGGAACACCCGUGAAAAACCAUCUCAUACCGGUAGAAAUCCAUAGUUGGCACGCAAAAUGUCGAUGCUGUCUGCCCGUUUGGCCACCCAGGUGGCCCGCCAGCUGCCGAGAACCGCUACCCAGGUUGCCAAGCUGGCCGUGCCGGCUGUGACCGUCGCUGCCCGCAACCUGCACAUCUCGAGUGUUAACCGCGGUGCUGAGAUCUCUUCCAUCCUGGAGGAACGCAUCCUGGGUUCGGCCCCGAAGGCUGAUCUGGAGGAAACUGGUCGCGUGUUGAGCAUCGGUGACGGUAUCGCCCGUGUGUACGGUCUUAAGAACAUUCAGGCCGAUGAGAUGGUGGAAUUCUCGUCCGGUCUUAAGGGUAUGGCUCUUAACUUGGAACCGGACAACGUCGGUGUUGUCGUCUUUGGUAACGAUAAGUUGAUCAAGGAGGGUGACAUUGUCAAGCGUACCGGUGCCAUUGUCGACGUCCCAGUGGGUGAUGAAAUUUUGGGCCGUGUCGUCGAUGCCUUAGGUAACGCUAUUGACGGAAAGGGCGAGAUCAAGACCGGACAGCGUUUCCGUGUCGGUAUCAAAGCCCCUGGCAUUAUCCCCCGUGUUUCUGUGCGUGAACCCAUGCAAACCGGUAUCAAGGCCGUCGAUUCGCUGGUACCGAUUGGUCGUGGACAGCGUGAGCUGAUCAUCGGUGAUCGUCAAACUGGAAAAACCGCUUUGGCCAUCGAUACCAUCAUCAACCAGAAGCGAUUCAACGAUGGUCAGGAUGAAUCCAAAAAACUGUACUGCAUCUACGUCGCCAUCGGUCAGAAGCGUUCGACUGUGGCCCAGAUUGUGAAGCGUUUGACUGAUGCUGGAGCCAUGAAAUACACCAUCAUCGUGUCGGCUACUGCUUCCGAUGCUGCCCCACUGCAGUAUCUGGCCCCGUACUCUGGCUGUGCUAUGGGAGAAUACUUCCGUGACAAUGGCAAGCACGCCCUUAUCAUCUAUGACGAUUUGUCCAAGCAGGCCGUUGCCUACCGUCAAAUGUCUCUGCUGCUGCGUCGUCCUCCAGGUCGUGAGGCCUACCCCGGUGAUGUGUUCUACCUUCACUCCCGUCUGCUGGAACGUGCCGCUAAGAUGAACCCAACUCUUGGUGGAGGAUCCCUCACUGCUUUGCCGGUCAUUGAAACUCAGGCUGGUGAUGUGUCCGCCUACAUUCCAACUAAUGUCAUUUCGAUCACUGACGGACAGAUCUUCUUGGAAACCGAAUUGUUCUACAAAGGUAUUCGUCCGGCCAUCAACGUCGGUCUUUCUGUAUCCCGUGUCGGUUCUGCUGCCCAGACCAAGGCUAUGAAGCAGGUGGCCGGCUCCAUGAAGCUGGAAUUGGCCCAGUACCGAGAGGUCGCUGCCUUCGCUCAGUUCGGUUCCGAUCUGGAUGCUGCUACCCAACAGCUGCUGAACCGUGGUGUCCGUCUGACUGAACUGUUGAAGCAAGGUCAGUACGUACCGAUGGCCAUUGAAGAACAGGUUGCUGUCAUUUACUGCGGUGUCCGUGGGUUCUUGGACAAGAUGGACCCCAGCAAGAUUACUGCCUUCGAAAGGGAAUUCUUGGCUCACGUCAAGACAAACGAGAAGGCUCUGCUUGGUCAGAUUGCCAGCGAGGGUAAAAUUUCUGAUGACACCGAAGCUAAGCUGAAGAACGUUGUUACAAGCUUCAUGUCGACGUUCAACGCUUAAAUGGUUUAGGCGUGUUUUAGCUUUUAAGGCAGAUCGAAAAUUUAGAAUGAAGGUUGAGGUGCUAGCUUUAUUUUAGCAUCCUUGGAAUGUUGUAGCAACAAAGAAAAAACACUACCAAGAUACCGACAGCCAAGUUAAACAAAUCAGAACAUCAUACGAACGAGUAGCAACAUCAUGUUGUGUUAAAACUAAAUCUGCGAUACCAACACCCGAAAAGUAAUCCAGUUUAGCGUACAUUAAAGAAAGGAAAACAACGUUUAAAAAAUGCACUGGCGUAAAAGCUCUUCGAAUUGUAUUAUGCAAGAAAUGAUUAAAACAUCUUGAUAUCAAAAUACAGUUUCCAACUUAAA